GGGACGUGUUGAGGCGGCGUACGACCCCCUGAUUUUCAAUUGAUACACCAAAUCAUUAUUCAUUCAAACGUUAAACAAAUUCAGAUAUUUUGUCAACAAAUCGUGUUAAAUUCGAAAUCCAUACAAGGUUUUCCGUCCACAAUGGCAGACGGUGAACCAUUAAGUAUAGACAGCAUAAUCGCACGACUAUUAGAAGUAAGAGGAUGUCGACCUGGUAAAACAGUACAAAUGUCUGAAGCAGAAGUCCGAGGAUUAUGUUUAAAAUCUAGAGAAAUAUUUUUACAACAACCAAUUUUAUUAGAUUUAGAAGCACCUUUAAAAAUAUGUGGAGAUAUACAUGGACAGUAUACUGAUUUGUUACGCUUAUUUGAGUAUGGAGGCUUUCCUCCUGAAGCAAACUAUUUAUUUUUGGGUGAUUAUGUUGAUCGUGGAAAACAGUCCUUGGAAACUAUAUGUCUUUUAUUAGCAUACAAAAUAAAGUAUCCAGAAAACUUUUUUCUUUUACGAGGCAAUCAUGAAUGUGCAAGCAUAAACAGGAUCUAUGGUUUUUAUGAUGAAUGUAAAAGACGUUACAAUAUAAAAUUGUGGAAAACAUUUACUGAUUGUUUUAAUUGUUUACCUAUUGCGGCUAUUAUUGAUGAGAAAAUAUUUUGUUGUCAUGGCGGACUAAGUCCUGAUUUACAAGGAAUGGAACAAAUUAGGCGUAUUAUGCGUCCAACUGAUGUCCCAGAUACUGGUUUAUUAUGUGAUUUAUUAUGGUCUGAUCCUGACAAAGAUGUAACAGGUUGGGGAGAAAAUGAUAGAGGUGUUUCUUUCACGUUUGGUACAGAUGUUGUAGCAAAAUUUUUAAAUAGACAUGACUUAGAUCUCAUAUGUAGAGCACAUCAGGUUGUAGAAGAUGGUUAUGAAUUUUUUGCCAAAAGACAAUUGGUUACAUUGUUUUCUGCCCCAAAUUAUUGUGGAGAAUUUGAUAAUGCUGGUGGAAUGAUGUCUGUUGAUGCAACUCUAAUGUGUUCAUUCCAAAUUUUGAAACCAUCUGAAAAGAAAGCAAAGUAUCAAUAUUCUGGAUUAAAUUCUGGAAGACCGGCUAGUAAUACAACUGCUGUGAAAAAGAAAUAAAUUGUUUU